UUAAGUCAUUUAGCACAAUCUAAGUGUGUUGGUAUUCCUUACACUGUUAAUCGCACGAAGGUUGUUUCCAUGUUGGUGUGUUUUAAAAUUCUGAGUUUUACCGCAAAGGUACAGUGCUUUCCAGGGCAGUGCUUCAAAGAUCUUUUCAGAAUACCUUUCUUGUAUGUGUACUGUGCAAAUUUCCUAGAUUCUGCUCAGAAGUAAGCAUGUCUGCAGGGCUGGUCUGUUUUGGUUUAAUUUCAUGAAGUAUUGGGGUGGAGAAGACAUUUCAGGGGGUGAAGCUGGUCCUCCUGGCUUUAAGAAUUGUGCUCCGCACUGGAUGUGUCAAUAAGUCCAUCUCACAUGUGGAGUGUUGGAGGGCCCUCACCUGGGUGGACAGAUGGAUGGAGGUGCUAGAGUCAGGCCUAGGGCAGGCGAGGCUUCCUGGACCGAGGGCUCCUGCUGGGCUGAUGACUGUGGCCGUCUAUUUCAGCGCAAUGUGCUAUUAUCAUGUUUGACGUGACAUCCAGAGUCACCUACAAGAACGUGCCUAACUGGCAUAGAGACCUGGUGCGAGUGUGCGAGAACAUCCCCAUCGUGUUGUGCGGCAACAAAGUGGACAUCAAGGACAGGAAAGUGAAGGCGAAGUCCAUCGUCUUUCACCGAAAGAAGAAUCUUCAGUACUAUGAUAUUUCUGCCAAAAGUAACUACAACUUUGAGAAGCCCUUCCUCUGGCUCGCCAGAAAGCUUAUCGGAGACCCAAACUUGGAGUUCGUCGCCAUGCCCGCUCUUGCCCCGCCAGAAGUCGUCAUGGACCCAGCAUUGGCCGCGCAGUAUGAGCACGAUUUAGAGGUUGCUCAGACCACUGCUCUCCCGGAUGAGGAUGACGACCUGUGAGGAAGUGAAGCGGGCCGGCGUCAGAAGUCUAGUUUUAUAGGCAACUGUCCUGUGACGUGAGCGGUGCCGCGUGCGUGCCACUUUGUUAUCUAGCUAAGCAGACAUGUGCUUCAUCUUUGGGAUGCGCAAGGAGAUGAAUGGGUUUCGGAGUGAGUGUGGCAGUUAAACCCUCGUUUUUUGGACCCGCAUAUUUAGCUGUUUGGAACGCAGUUGUUUUCCUUGAGUUUCAAAUAUAAGACUGCUACAGUCACAUCACAGUACUCGGUGGUGAAAUCUUGUUACUGUCAUUCCCAUUCCUUUUCGUUUAGAAUGAGAAUAAAGUUGUAUUUCCAAUAUCU